AUUUUUCCUUUAAAUAGGAGCCAGCCGUCGCUCUGUCUCGCUUUCACCAAGUCCGCUCCCUCGCAGAGUCGCAGUGCACGCACACGGCAGCAGGACAGCCGAGGAGAGAGCAGAGCGAGUGAGGGGGGCCGGAGCAAGGACCAUGGCGGCGUCCAACGGCGGAGGCGAUGCCCCCGGGCGGUUCGACGUGAUCGUGGUGGGCGCGGGCAUCAUGGGCAGCUGCGCGGCGUACGCGGCGUCCUCCCGCGGCGCGCGCGCGCUGCUCCUGGAGCGGUUCGACCUGCUCCACCACCGGGGCUCCUCGCACGGCGAGUCCCGCACCAUCCGCGCCACCUACCCGCAGGCGCACUACCCGCCCAUGGUGCGCCUGUCGCGGCGCCUCUGGGAGGAGGCCCAGGCCGACGCCGGGUACCGCGUGCUCACGCCCACGCCGCACCUCGACCUGGGCCCGCGGGACGACCCCGAGCUCCGCGCCGCCAUCAGGAACGGCGGCGCCGCCGUGGUCGCCGGCGGCUCUUCCUGGCCGUGGGCGGGCGUGUUCAGGGUGCCGGACGGGUGGGCGGCGGCGAGCAGCGAGCUCGGCGGGGUGAUGAAGGCGACCAAGGCGGUGGCCAUGUUCCAGGCGCUCGCCGUCAAGAAGGGCGCCGUCGUGAGGGACCGGAUGGAGGUGGUCGACGUCGCCAAGCGAGGAGAAGGAUCAAUCUUGGUCAGGACAGCGAGCGGCGAGGAAUUCCAUGGCGCCAAGUGCAUUGUAACGGUCGGCGCCUGGACAAGCAAGCUGGUCAAGUCGGUCGUCGGCAUGGACCUGCCGGUGCAGCCGGUGCACACGCUCAUCUGCUACUGGAAGGUGAAGCCCGGCCACGAGAGCGAGCUCACCGCGGAGGCCGGCUUCCCGACGUUCGCCAGCUACGGCGAUCCCUACAUCUACAGCACGCCGUCGAUGGAGUUCCCCGGCCUCAUCAAGAUCGCCAAGCACGGCGGCCCGCCGUGCGACCCGGACAGCAGGGACUGGUCCACGGGCGCCGCCGACCUGGCGGAGCCCGUAGCCCGGUGGAUCGACGCCGUCAUGCCGGGCCACGUCGACACCGCCGGCGGGCCGGUCAUCCGGCAGUCGUGCAUGUACUCUAUGACGCCCGACGAGGACUACGUGAUUGACUUCCUGGGCGGGGAGUUUGGGAAGGACGUCGUCGUCGGCGCGGGGUUCUCCGGCCACGGGUUCAAGAUGGGGCCGGCAGUUGGGAGGAUCCUGGCCGAGAUGGCCAUGGACGGGGAGUCGAGUUCGGCGGUGGAGGCCGGCGUGGAUCUCAAACCCCUCAGGAUCGACAGGUUCGUGGGCAAUCCCAAGGGAAACCUCAGUAGUCCUGGAGAUCAGGGCCAAUGAUGAACACCUUCGAUCUACUUGAUUGAGAUCAUAUAUUCAACCAUUCGUGAUCAAAUCAAAGUGUGCGCAUGUCAAUUGCUUUGUUUGCUUGGAAUAAUCUGUUGAAAAUUGCAUUGUGAAACUUUCCUUCGUUCUGUUGGAGUGUCAGGACUCAGGAAACUGAAGUGCAUCUCCUUUGUACCUGUACCAAAAUUAAAAGCUACCAGCUCAACUGCAUUCAGUUGCAGAUGAACGUUUCAGUAUUAACUGGUCUGUUGACUCUGUUGAGAA